AGCUCAUCCUUUUCCAAGUUCUUCAAAACCCUCAAAAUCCCUUUUGAUUCUAAUCAAAUCAAUCCGCCAUGGAGGAGGAAAUGCCCAAAAUCCAAGAUGGCUCGUGAGAAGAACUUGGAAAAGCAAAAGGCCGCCGGCAAAGGAAGCCAGCUCGACUCUAACAAGAAGGCCAUGACCAUCCAGUGCAAGGUUUGCAUGCAAACAUUCAUGUGUACCACAACAGAAGUGAAGUGCCGGGAGCAUGCGAGGCAAGGCAUCCUAAAUCCGAUCUAUACGCAUGUUUUCCUCAUCUUAGAAAGUAGCACAUCGAACUGGGAAGUUGAUACAGCUUGUAGCAUGCGUAUAUCUUGUCCUUGGUUAUGUGAAUUAGUUCCUUAAAAUUUCUUUCACAAGCCUGUAAGCUCGAUGAUUUAAUGUUGCAAUUGUCAUGAUGUUUGGUCACGGAUGUCGGUUGAAUCGACUCGAACUUGCUACUUGAUUGGGGUUAUAAUUAAUGUGGUGAGUCUGAGUCUUGCUUU